AUGAGCCGAGGGUUUCCACGCAUUCAGGUGACCGCUCGGGUGGUAAACACGAGCAGGCGUGGAGAUCAAUCUGACCGGCAGCAGCCCAGGAAUGAAGAUCCGCUUCUCUCCGAAGCCGACAAAGCAGCACGAGGAAACCGGCUCUCUUCCCCUGCUUCCUCUGAUGAGGCCCCCGAAGCAAAAAUGAACCGACUGAUGUCCUCAGAUAUUUACGCCAAACCAGAUCUAUCAAAGAAGGUGAGAUACAGCAGAAAGGAGCAGGAGGACAGAGCAGAGUGGGAGCAGAGGGAGGUGGAUAUCUACGAGAUUUUCUGGUACACUGCUACACUGGCUCUAAGAGUGCUGUGCCUCCUGAUGUUAGCUGGGAUCAUCAUCCUGUCCAUAUGCUAUGCUUUGAACAAGAGUCAACUCCAGGAUCAACUUCAAGGCACAAAAACCAACCUGACUCAGUUACAGAGCAGUUAUGAUAAACUGAGUAAAAACCACAGUCAGCUACAGGAAGAAGUGAAGAAGCUGAAGGAGAAGAUAGAAGAGAAGUGUCCUGAUCGAUGGACGAGAUUUGGAAGCAGCUGUUACUUUAAAUCCCAUGAGAGGAAAACUUGGUCUGACAGCAGGAGAGACUGUCAGGAUAAAGGAGCUGAUCUGGUGAUGAUAAACAGCAAAGAGGAACAGGAAUUUAUCAAUGAACUGAACAUGAGAGGAGAGUCCUGGAUUGGUCUGAGAGCCACUUAUAAACAGACAUCAGGAGGAUAUAAAUGGGAAUGGGUGGACGGAUCAGCGCUGACAGAAACGUGA